AUGGAGUCUUAGUUAAGCUUCAUUUGUAUCCGAUAACACACAUUUUUAGAUUAGAAAUAUGUUCUUUAAUUGCUUCCCACUAAGAUCACUCUAAAUUAAAUUGGCAAAGAACCGAAAUAUAUAAUCGAAUUAGAAUUGCAGAAUACAAUUUCUUGGCAAUUAAAUCAAAUGAAUUAACUCAUAAGCUUUAGCAUUAUGUGGAACAACAUCGAGAAAUAAUUCCACUCUACGCAUGAGGAUCUCUUGAAGUUGCGAUAAACUAUUAAAAAUAAAAUAAUGUAUAAAACUGUUCGCCAUCUUUAUAAACCCAUGCAGUAAUUGGGAGAAGGAAAUUUCGAUGAAGUAAUUUAUUCUAACAUAUAGGUAUAUUUAUGCAUAGACAGAAUAAAUGGUAAUUCAUACGAAAUAAAAUGUCUUGCCAAAAAUUAAUUUGAAGAUUCUAUUACUCGGAUUCAUAAUGAGAUCUCUUGCUUAACAAAUAUUAGAUCUGACUAAGUGUAAAAUUUACAUGAGGUAUUUAACGGAGAAAACACUGUAUAUUUAAUUUAAGAGUACUUGGAAGGAUUAAACUUAUAUGAAUUAAUUAUGAAUGUCGCUUUAGAUAGAACUUAAAUAUUAAUUAUUAUGAAACAAUUGAUUACUGCUGUUAGAGACAUCCAUUCCAGUAAUAUUAUGCAUAGAGACAUCAAGCCAACUAAUAUAGUAUUCAAAAAUAAAGAUUCCAUAGAAGGACUAAAAUUAACAGAAUUUCACUUAGCAGUUCACAUAUAUCCUUCAUAGGAUUUGAGAGUCUGUGGUACCCCUGGUUAUGCAGCUCCAGAAAAAUUUAAAGAUAGUUAUAAUGAAAAAGUAGAUCUUUUUAGUGUUGGAUGUAUUUUCUUUAAAUUAGUCACUACCAGAGAUGUGUUUCCUGGAAAGACAUCGAAUGAAAUUUUAAGGAUGAAUAAAAUUUGCAACAUAGACUUUAAAAUUCUCUAGUUAUAUAAACUCACUCCAGAGGAAACAGAUCUUUUAAUAAGUCUCCUUGAAAUUGAUCCAGAAAAAAGAAUUAGUGCAGAAGCAGCAUUAUCCCAUCCUUACUUUUAAAGUGACAAUAGCCAAAAUGACUAAUAACAAUUGGCUAAGAAAAAGUCAAUAUAAGGCCAAACAACUGGAGAAAGAAGCAAUAAUCUCCUUUAAAAAGAAAUCAAUGAAAUUGAAAUGAAUCCUGAGGAAUUAUAAGUAGAUCAAGAAUCUCCACGUAUUAGUGCAAUCCCCAAUUUCAAAGUAUUGAAAAAGGAUUCUCAAUUACAAUCAUCUCAAGCAGUAAGAAAAAGUUCCAAAUUAAAAAAAAGUGAAACCUAAGAAUAUACUCAAUUAAACCUCAACAAGUCUAGAUUUUAGGCGAGAAACUCUGUUCAUUAAACGAUAGUUUGA